CCAAAAAGUGAAAGUAAUCAGGAAUGAGUAUUGGAGGCAAUUGGGUGCACUCAUUCUUGAGUCAAAAAGACCUGAAUUUAAAUCUAACCUUAGGACACUUACUAACUGUGGGAUCCUCGGCAAGUGACUAUUCUGUUUGUCUCAGUUUCCUCAAUUGUAAAAUGAUAACAGCUCCUACAUAAACUAUUCACCUUCAUUUCUCUGAAGACUUAUUUCCAUUAUUUUAUGAUUCUCUUAGAUCCACCUGUUAUAUCCUUGACAGAUUAAUUUAGACUCUAUAUAGACAAAUUCAGUGCCAUAGGCCAUAGUAAUUCACAAGAAGUUUGAUUUCUUUGGUUUAGCUUUAAUUUUAUAUGUAUAUAUAUUUAUAUAUAUCUACCUAUAUAUGUAUGCCCCAUUGUAUAUCCUUAUCAGUUCAUGAGUGGAUUAUUGCAAUCAUAUUUGUCCUCUCUGUUUCCAGUUUCUUCACUCUCCAAUCUGUCAUCCACAUAGCUGCCAAAAUAAUUUUUCUAAAUCUUAAGUCUGUCUGGGCCACUUCCUUGUUCCAGAACUUCCAAGUUCUCUCUGUUGCUUCUAGGAUAAAAUGCAAACCUUUUUUCCCUUUGACAUUUGAAGUCUUUCACAGUCUUGUGCCAGAUGAUCCCAGUUUGAUUACUAUUCCCCUCUUUUGUGUAAUAUAUGAUUCAGUUAAACUGACCUUGCUGUUCCCCAAACUUUACAUUCUGUCUCUUGAUUCAUGCAUUUGCAUAGGCUCUCUCCUAUUUUACCUUAUUUCAGUAGGGCUGUAUUAGUAGUUCUCCUCUAGUCCUUUGUAACCACCUCUUAGAGCUUAGCCCAUAUGCUACCUCCAAAAGGAAUCCUUUUUUGAUGUCUUCCUCUUUAUUUCCUUAUUGCUUUGCAUAUGAUAGGUGCUUGCUAAAUCAGUGAAUGAUGGUUGACUUGGAUUGACUGACUAAAUUUCUUCUGAUUAGAAGUCAUACCAAAAAAUACUUGAAUACUAUUCUAUACUUCUCUCUGGGAGGCAGAGUGAUUUAGUGGAUAAAGAUCUGGAUUCAAGUUCGUGAAAUAUGCUGGCCUUAUGACCCUGAUUUAUCUUUUAAAAUCUUAGAUCCCUAAACAGAUUCUAAGUUGUAAAUUGCAUAACACUUGGCAAUCUGGGAGCAGCUAGAUGGCACAAUGGAUGGAGCACUGGUCCUGGAGCCAGGAGAAUUUGAGUUCAAAGACACUUAACACUUACCAGCUGGUGACCCUAGACAAGUCAUUUAACCCAGUUGCCUCUGCAAAACAAAACAAAAAACUACUUAGCAAUCUGAAUUGCUAGAAUCAUUCUUCACCAUGAACCCUAUAUCAAUGAAAUCACCUGACUGCUAACAGUUAUAGAUAAUUACCCUAGAAAUAUUAGCUCUUAUACCUCUGAGAGAAGUUGUGUUAUUUUAGAUUGAUACAGAUAUGGUUCAAAUAAUGGCUACCAGUAAUUCUCUGUUUUACUGAAUAUAGACCAAGAGGAAAUGACCUUCAACUUCACUAAAGGAUAUAAGAUUAGAUAUAAGAGAAUUUUCUGACAUUUCCUGAAUGCGGUUUCUAUGGAAUGUAUGAUAAGAUCUUGCUUUUUCGUCAUGACCCUUCCUCUGAAAACAUUCUUCAACUGGUAAAGACAGCCAGCGACAUCCAAGAAGGAGAUCUCAUUGAAGUUGUCUUAUCAGCCUCUGCCACCUUUGAAGAUUUUCAGAUCCGACCCCACGCACUAUUUGUCCAUUCUUAUCGGGCUCCAGCUUUUUGUGAUCAUUGUGGAGAAAUGUUGUGGGGGCUUGUCCGUCAAGGACUUAAAUGUGAAGGAUGUGGUCUGAACUACCAUAAGAGAUGUGCAUUUAAAAUCCCUAACAACUGCAGUGGUAUGAGAAGAAGGCGGCUAUCCAAUGUUUCUUUAACGGGGCUCACUACUGUCCGGACAACAUCUGCAGAACUCUCACCUAACACUCAAGAUGAAGCUCUCUUGUCUCCUGUCAGCCCAGGCUUUGAGCAAAAGUCACCAUCAGAAUCCUUUCUGGGUCGAGAGAAGAGAUCCAAUUCUCAGUCCUACAUUGGACGACCAAUUGAGCUUGACAAGAUCUUGCUGUCCAAGGUUAAAGUGCCGCACACAUUUGUCAUCCACUCCUACACACGGCCAACAGUAUGCCAGUAUUGCAAGAAACUUCUCAAAGGGCUUUUCAGACAGGGCCUACAGUGUAAAGAUUGUAGGUUCAACUGUCAUAAGCGUUGUGCACCCAAAGUACCAAAUAACUGCCUGGGUGAAGUCGCCAUUAAUGGAGAUUUGCUUAGCCCUGGGGCAGAGUCUGAUGUGGUUAUGGAAGAAGGAAGUGAUGAUAAUGAUAGUGAAAGAAAUAGUGGACUCAUGGAUGACAUGGAAGAAUCAAUGGUCCAGGAUUCCGAAGCAUCCAUGACAGGAUGCCACAGUGACAAUGGGGAUGUACAGGACCUGGAUCAAGACCAUGAUGAUUCAAAUCGAAUGAUCAGCCCAUCAACCAGUAAUAAUAUUCCUCUCAUGAGAGUGGUUCAGUCUGUCAAACAUACAAAAAGGAAAAGCAGCACAGUAAUGAAAGAAGGAUGGAUGGUUCACUAUACAAGCAAAGACACACUGAGGAAACGGCAUUAUUGGAGAUUAGACAGCAAAUGUAUCACACUCUUUCAAAAUGAUACUGGAAGCAAAUAUUACAAGGAAAUUCCUCUCUCUGAAAUUUUAUCCCUGGAACCUGCAAAAACUUUUUCUUUAAUUCCUAGUGGGGCCAAUCCCCAUUGUUUUGAAAUAACUACAGAACAUGUUGUCUACUAUGUGGGAGAAAAUGUAGUCAGUCCCUCAAGCCCUCCACCAAACAACAGCAUACUUACCAGUGGGGUUGGUAUUGAUGUAGCCAGAAUGUGGGAGAUGGCUAUUCAACAUGCUCUUAUGCCUGUCAUUCCAAAGGGAGCCCCCCCUGGAUCUGGGUCAAGUUUACACAGAGACAUAUCCAUCAGUAUCUCUGUAUCAAAUUGUCAGAUUCAAGAAAAUGUGGAUAUUAGUACAGUAUAUCAGAUCUUUCCAGAUGAAGUAUUGGGUUCAGGACAAUUUGGUAUUGUUUAUGGAGGAAAACAUCGUAAAACAGGAAGAGAUGUGGCUAUUAAAAUCAUUGACAAGUUAAGAUUUCCAACAAAGCAAGAAAGUCAACUUCGCAAUGAGGUUGCCAUUUUACAGAACCUUCAUCACCCUGGUGUUGUAAAUUUGGAGUGUAUGUUUGAGACGCCUGAAAGAGUGUUUGUUGUUAUGGAAAAACUCCAUGGAGACAUGCUGGAGAUGAUCUUGUCAAGUGAAAAGGGCAGGUUGCCAGAGCACAUAACGAAGUUUUUAAUUACCCAGAUACUUGUUGCCUUGAGGCAUCUUCAUUUUAAAAAUAUUGUUCACUGUGAUCUCAAACCAGAAAAUGUAUUGUUAGCAUCAGCUGAUCCUUUCCCACAGGUGAAACUCUGUGACUUUGGUUUUGCUCGCAUUAUUGGAGAGAAAUCCUUCAGAAGAUCAGUGGUAGGCACACCAGCUUACCUAGCUCCAGAAGUUCUUAGGAACAAAGGCUACAAUCGUUCUCUGGACAUGUGGUCUGUUGGAGUUAUCAUCUAUGUAAGCCUCAGUGGUACAUUUCCAUUUAAUGAAGAUGAAGAUAUACAUGAUCAAAUCCAGAAUGCAGCCUUCAUGUAUCCACCUAAUCCCUGGAAGGAAAUCUCUCCUGAAGCCAUUGAUCUCAUUAAUAAUUUGCUACAAGUGAAAAUGAGAAAGCGCUAUAGUGUGGACAAGACAUUGAGUCACCCAUGGCUGCAGGACUAUCAGACCUGGUUAGAUUUACGGGAGCUUGAAUGCAAGACUGAGGAACGCUACAUCACGCAUGAAAGUGACGACUUGAGGUGGGAACAGUACGCGGGAGAGCAGGGUUUGCAGUAUCCAGCCCACCUUAGCAAUCAGAAUGCUGAGCACAGUGCAAACCCAGAGUCAGAGGAAACAGAGAUGAGAGCCCUCAGUGAGAGGGUCAGCAUCCUCUAAGUUAUAGCCCCUAUAAUCUGUCAAAACACUGUGGAAUUAAUAAAUACAUACGGUCAGGUUUAACAUUCGCCUUGCAGAACUGCCAUCAUUUUCUGUCAGAUGGGAACAAAGCUGUUAAACUGUUAGCACUGUUGAUGUAUCUUAGUUGCCAAGACAAAUCAACAGAAGCAUUUGUAUUUUAUGUGACCCAACUGUGUUGUAUUAACAAAAGUUCCCUGAAACACUAAACUUGUUCUUGUGAAUGAUUCAUGUUAUAUUUAAUGCAUUAAACCUGUCUCCACUGUGCCUUUGCAAA